ACACAAACACGACAUGCAAGGCGAUACACGAACACCAAAACUGCAUGAAGUUUGGAAGACCUGAUUUAGGUUUCAUGAAAUGGAGAUGGAAACCUAAAGAAUGUGAUCUCCCACUGUUUGAUCCUUACAAGUUUCUGGAGAUAGUUAGAGGAAAAAGAAUGGCGUUUGUUGGUGACUCCGUUAGCAGAAACCACGUUCAGUCUUUGAUCUGCCUACUCUCUCGGGUGGAACAUCCUGAGGAUGACUCACAACAGGACUUUAAUUUCCAAAGAUGGAAAUACAAAACGUACAACUUCACGAUUGCCACAUUUUGGACAACCCAUUUGGUUCGCGCUGAAGAAACCGAAACCGGUCCGGCAGGUCCUAAUUCAUUUUACAAUCUCUACCUCGACGAACCUGACCCAACUUGGGCUUCCCAAAUCGUUGAGUUCGAUUACAUCAUCAUCUCCUCUGGACAAUGGUUUUUCCGACCACUCUUCCUUUUCGACAAACAAAAGAGGAUAGGAUGCUUGUAUUGCUACAUUCCUGGAGUCAGAAAUGUCGGGGCACAUUUCGCGUAUAGAAGAGCAUUGAGAACAACAUUUAAGACCAUUCUUGGAUUAGAGAAUUUUAAAGGAGAAGUGUUUCUAAGGACAUUUGCACCUUCACAUUUUGAAGAUGGAGAAUGGGAUAAAGGUGGAAAUUGCUUGAAAACGCGACCCUAUAGGUAUAUUGUUCAUCCGACAUUAUAGUUUCUUCUAGAAUAAGCAUUAGGACUUUUG